GGAGCACAGGACGCCAUGGCCGAAGAAAACCAUCUUCCAGAAGAAGCAGCAGAGCCAAGGAAGCGGAAAAUAGGGAAGAAGAAGGGCUCCAAGGCAAAGAAGAGGGCGAAGAUGUUACAUUCGUCGGAGGAAAUCAGAGCCAUGAAGCCGAAGAAGAUUAACAAGAAAAUGAAGAAACUGUUUCUUAAACGAGCCCGGGAGUACGAUUCGGAGGAGGAGGAGGAGGAGUCCAAACAGGAACAUGUGAAACCGAAACCGCAUCCGCAACCGUUGGGAAACAAUGAGGAGGAGCCGAGUGGCGGUGGUGGGUCGUCUUCAGGGGAAGAGGCGGAGGAAGGUGUUGGUGGUCACAAUAGGGAUGAUGGCUUUUCGGAUGACGAGGAGCACGGCGAGAUUCUGCCCGGAAUCAUGAAGUUUUCGGAGGGUUGCAACGCGUUUAGGUUGGCAUUCAGGAGUAUAAUCAAGAAGUCUGUUUCUCAGGAUGCAGUGGGACCCGUGAUGUCGGCGCACAAGAAGCUUGUUGCAGAAAAGCUUGCCGAGGAGCAGUCCGAGCGCAAGGCAAAGGGCGAGGCUAAGAAGGAAAAGCACACGGUGAUAGAAAAGGGGCAUGUGAUGCCGGCCAACUAUUUAGACACACACGAAAAGUUUCUAAUCGGUGUUGCUACUAAAGGAGUGGUGAAGUUGUUCAAUGCUGUCAACAAGGCACAAAAUGCUCAGAAAGGAUUGAAUCCUUCCAAGUUUAAAGAUGCCAAAGUGAUAAAAAAGCGGAGGAAAGAAGCAUUCUUUUCCGAGUUGGGCAAAACAUCUUUGAAGGCUCACACGUCUAAAGGUGCAGUGGAUGGGGAAGGGCCUGCCUGGGCACCAUUAAGAGAUAACUACAUGCUCACAAAUCCCAAAUUGAAAGACUGGGAUAAGAUGCCGGAUACCGUUGCGGAAGAUGACAUUGGAAGGGUGGCUGGAGAUAGUUCCAAUGAUGAUUGAUGCUGUGGAACUGAACAAACAGCUCUGUGCUGAUUGCACACUUUUUGUAAACGUAUGUUAUCCUUGUUGCUACUGGUCGUUAUAAAUGAGUGUUUUAUGAUGCGAUUGGCGAAAAUAUGUACAUGAUCAACCUCUUCUGCUUUCAGUUUCUUUGUUAUUGCUCUUCA